AUGGCUUCAAUCGAUUCUCUUGUAAAAGAAUGGCUUCGCUUAGAUAAGAAUCCAACGACAAGAUUAGAAAUUGAAAAAUUAUAUGCAGAUCAAAAUGUCGAAGAAUUAGAAAAACGACUUCGAAAAAGAAUAUCAUUUGGAACUGCAGGUUUAAGAUCAAGUAUGGAAGCUGGAUUUUCAAGAAUGAAUGAUCUUACAGUAAUCCAGGCUUCUCAGGGACUUUGCAUGUAUCUUCUUGAUGUAUUACCAACAUCAGUAGAUAAAGGAGUUGUUAUUGGGCAUGACCAUAGACAUAACUCUGAAAGGUUCGCAAGACUGACAGCAGCUGCAUUUCUAAAAAAAGGGUUUCGAGUUUAUUUUUAUCGUGAAUUGGUACACACUCCAUUAGUGCCAUUUGGAGUCAAAAAACUUGAAGCUUCAUGUGGCAUCAUGAUAACAGCUUCUCAUAAUCCCAAAAAAGAUAAUGGUUACAAAGUUUAUUGGGAAAAUGCAUGUCAGAUUGUUCCACCACAUGAUAAAGGAAUUUCUCAAUCAAUUUCAGUUAAUCUUGAGCCAUGGACAUGGGAUGCAGAAUUGGUUAAUAAUAGUCCAUUAUGUAUUGAUAAUGUAAAAGAGAUUUCAGACGCUUAUUUUGAAGAAUUAAAAGCAAUAUCUUAUCAUAGUAAAGAAAAUAUCUCAUCCAAAGUUAAAUUUGUUUAUACAGCUAUGCAUGGAGUAGGAACGCCAGUAGCUAAAAGAGCAUUUGAAACAUUUUCAUUAAAUCCUUUUAUAUCAGCAAAAGAACAAGAGGAUCCUGAUCCCGAUUUCUCUACGGUCGCAUUUCCAAAUCCUGAGGAAGGAAGAGGUGCAUUGGCAAUAGCCAUGAAGACAGCAGAUGAAAAUAAUGCCGAGGUUAUCUUUGCUAAUGAUCCUGAUGCUGAUAGAUUUUCUGUAUCUGAAAAGCAAAAGAACGGAGAAUGGAUUUUAUUUUCGGGUGAUCAGAUUGGAGUUAUGUUAGCAUCUGCAGUUCUAGAAAACUAUAAAGCUCACGGAAAGCCAAUCAAUAAACUUGCAAUGUUGGCAAGUACAGUGUCAUCAAAAAUGUUGAAAAAGAUGGCUAAAGAUGAAGGAUUUUAUUUUGAAGAAACGCUAACAGGAUUUAAAUGGUUAGGAAACAAAGCAAUCGAUUUAACUCAACAAGGAUAUGAAGUUUUGUUUGCAUAUGAGGAAGCUAUAGGAUAUAUGAUUGAUGGAAUUGUAAGGGAUAAAGACGGAAUUUCUGCUUUAGUUACAUUUGCUGAACUAGUUGUACAAUUGAAUAAACGUGGAUUAACGAUUUCAGAAUAUUUAGAUGAAUUGUAUAAAAAGUAUGGGUAUUUUGUUACCGAAACAUCUUAUUUUAUUUGUCAUUCUCCUGAAACUAUUGAUAAAAUUUUUAAUAAACUUCGAUUUGGUGAAAAUCCGGUCAAAUCAUCUAAACCUGAUUAUUUAUAUCCAUAUCAACUUUCAUAUCCUUCAACCUUAUCAGGACACAAAAUUACAUAUAUUCGAGAUUUAACGAUUGGGUAUGAUACAAGUAAACCUGAUAAUCAACCUAUUUUACCUACAUCUAAAAGUUCUCAUAUGAUAACUUUUGGUUUGGAGAAUGGUUGUAACUUAACAUUAAGGACAAGUGGAACUGAACCAAAGAUAAAGUAUUAUCUAGAACUAUCAGGCAAAGAUAAGAAGGAGGUUGGAAACGAGUUACGUAAGAUUGCUCAUGGUGUUUCGGAUGAGUUAUUAGAACCUGAGAAAUAUGGAUUAGGUUACAAAGUUGAAUAA